UUCAUCUUCAUUUGCAUUUCUGUGGACGAUGUUGGCUUGUGUCGUGAACGUUUUCUAUUCGAGUGUUAUUUUGUGACUAGUUUUGUGAAUUUUAUUGUUUCUACACAUUAUCAAAAUGAAUGGUAACGAUUGUAUUGAAAAACUGUACAGAAAUUUUGGAGUUCUCGCUGAUGCAAAAGAUAAAAUCGCUGAACAUGAAAAAGAGUAUCUGGAGAUUCUUAUGGCUGUGAAAGGAUCCGAGAAGGAAAAACGGUUGGCAUCACAAUUUAUUGCCAGAUUUUUCAAGCAUUUCCCAAAUUUAGCUGAUCAAGCAAUAGAAGCCCAAUUGGAUUUAUGUGAAGACGAGGAUGUGUCUAUCAGGAAACAGGCGACCAAGGACCUGCCGAGCCUGUGCAAGGACAACAAGGAGCACACCCAGCGCAUCGCCGACAUCCUGGCCCAGCUGUUGCAGGCCGAAGACAAGUCAGAGCUGGCCGUAGUGCAGAACUCGCUGAUGACGCUUUUCAAGAUCGACGCCAAAGGAUCACUGGCCGGUCUGUUUGCGCACAUAUUGAACGGGGAGGACGCCGUCAGGGAUCGAUGCAUGAAGUUCUUGGGCGGCAAACUGAAGGCGCUGGGUCAUGAGGUGGUCAACCGGGAGGCUGAGGACUAUCUCAUCGCUGAGGCUAAGAAGGUGUUGCAGGACGUGACGGCGGACGAAUUUCACAUCUUGAUGGAGGUGCUGGUGUGGACACGGCUGGGCCAAUCACCGGCCGGCCACCGUGAGUUGGUCGAGAUAGUGGCCGAGCAGGCACUCGGCGAGCCUGACUUUGACCCGAGUGACGACGAGCAUGUGGACCGGCUCGUGCAUAGCGCCAAGCAUGCGUUGCCUUACUUCAGUUCGCAGAUAGAUUCGUCCAAGUUUGUGGUGUACAUGUGUGAGCUGGUGCUUCCUCGGCUGUCGGAGGUGUCGUCAGCUGAUGAGAACAGCGACCCACAGCUGGACAUUCUCAAGCUGUUUGCCGAAUUGUGCACACACUGCACCAAACUGCCAGACCCCACCGUGUCUGUGCAGUGUGUCUUCAAUACGCUGUUGAGUUUCAUGCCGCCGCCACCAAUGACAGAUGGCGAAGAGCAGGAAGAACCGAAGCUGUUUUUUUCGUACGUUGAAUGUCUGAUGUACUCACUGCAUCGGCUGGCUCGGCUCUGCCCCGAAUUCCUUACACAAGACGCUGACCGACUCAAGGAUUUCAGACUCAGACUGCAGUAUUUUGCCCGUGGCAUACAGGGCUACAUCAAGAAACUGCGUGAAGCCCUUCAAGGCAAAACCGGAGAAGAGCUGAAAACCGAAGAGAAUAAAAUCAAAGUGGUUGCUCUGAAAACAACAUCCAACAUCAACACAUUGAUCAAGGAUCUGUUCCAUUCACCACCCAGUUUCAAGUCGACAAUCAGUCUGUCUUGGAAGCCUGCCAGAUUGAAUAGUAACACCAAGGACGGCAGUCACAGAGGAGGAGGGGAUGCAAUGAAGCGCCACACACCGAUCACAUUUGGGGAGGGGGGUGCACCAGACAGCAAGCAGAGCAAGCAGGACUCGCGGGGAAACCGAGAACUGUAUCAGCCGCCCGGCGGAAAGUACAGCGACAAGGUGUCCCAAUACUCUCCAUCGCAGCUACAACAGAGAGGCGGCAGACCGAGAGGCGGUUCCGGUGGUGGCAGAGGAGCUCGUCUAUCCGGAGGCGGUGGAGGAUUCAGAGGAGGCGGUUCCCGUGGUUGGAGACGGGGUUACUGAUCUCGGCGCCCCCCAAACAACUGGCAAGUACGGGCUUCGAUACCCUUCGGAUAUUGAUUACUUUUUUAAUAGUGAGUGCUACGGUGAAAAAAAAAGAUUCUAAAUAAACUCGGAUUAGUGAUUCGUGGUCGACAGUUUACCACCUUAGAAAACCUUGUUUCUAAAUAAACUACGGAUUAGUAAUUGAAUCGAGAUCGACAGUUUACUGCCUUAGAAAACUUUGAUUCUAAAUAAACUUUGGAUUAGUGAUUCGAGGGCAACAGUUUACUACCUUAGAAAACUUCGAUUUUAAAUA